AUGCUCCGACAUCGAUCAGGGUUGAUGUACUUGCGAAGACAAAAGUGGAAAAUAGGAGGAUGGAGAAGAAGAGAAUCAUGCAUGUUCGAGAAACUGCAAUCUCUCACUGAGCCGGAGGGAAUAGCGCACACGUUAAACAAGUUGAUGAGGAUUGAGAAGGAGCACGAAUCCGUCACCAGAGAAGAUCUGAAGCACGUAGAUUGGAUGGUGCGACGACCUGUCUUUCCUUCAAAAGCAAAGAUAUUGAUUGGUUAUUAGCUACCUGAGAAGGAAAAAGGGGACUAUAACACACUUUCAACACAUUUCGUAAAUCGCAACUGGUACCUGAGGCUGUCCAACACACUUUCGCAACUGAAACUCAUG